AUGGCUGAUCACGUCUCUGAGAAUACCGUCGAGACGCCUGCAGAUAGUUACAAAUACCCCUUUGCAGCUGCGCCAGAUAUCAUUCGAUCGCAUCAAAAAGAUACAUACUUCGAGGGCGUCCUCCUAAACCACCUCUCGAAUCUCUUACGGCGUCUCUAUGGAGCGCGAUUUAUCCACACUUAUACGUCAGAAGCGCGCACAUUCUCCGAGCUUCUUUAUCUCGGACUUACAACCUUCAUUGGAAACCGGACGUUGGGAGAGGAAUACUGCGACAUAAUCCAAAUCGAGGAUGAUACCCUCAAACUCCCAGCGAUAUCCCGCCGAGCGGGCUAUAUCAUCACUUCGAUCCUUCUCCCCUACUCUCUAAAUCGAGUCCUCCCCUCAUUCCGAACGCGCAUUCGCACCAAACUAGAGGCCAAUAUCCGCCGACUAUCCCGAAAUGAACAACAGAAGUCAAUAUCAUACAAACUCCAAUCCUAUCUUCUAGAGCACCUAUCAACAAUCACCUCACCCACGCCGCUUCAUGCCUUAACAAUUACAGUCUUCUACUUUACGGGGUCCUAUUAUCAACUCUCAAAGCGGCUCUGGGGCCUCCGCUACAUCUUCACUAAGCGCAUUGCGCCAUCCGAGGCACGGGUAGGAUAUGAAGUUCUCGGCGUGCUACUGGUAUUGCAAAUGGCCGUUCAAUCAUGGCUUCAUUUAAGCUCUACACUCCGGUCUGCAGCAUCCGCGAACGCCCCUGCGAUGGUGGGCAGCUCAGCUGUACUUGAAGGCGGGGUGGAAGUCCCGCUGGACCAUAAUGCUUACUCGUCGAAUAACGAAGAACUAUUCGAAUCUUCGCAGCGCGCGGAUAUACCUCAGCCGUCUAACUCUGAAUUGGGGAAGAUAACACAUACCCCUAUGUCGGAAGAACCGAGGAUUAGCUUGAGGAAGGAGGAGACGAUGAAAUGGAUCAAGGGCGAGCAGCAGAGGAAAUGCACGUUAUGUUUGGAAGAGUUGAAGGAUCCGAGUGCCGUUUCUUGUGGACAUGUGUUUUGCUGGGUUUGUAUAGGGGAUUGGGUUAGGGAGAAGCCUGAGUGCCCUUUGUGUAGAAGGGAUGCACUUGUCCAGCAUAUUUUGCCGCUUAGACACUGA